AUGUGCGGGGCAAAACUGGAUCUGACAAAUGAAGGGAGUGGGUGUGUGAACCAGCUUGGCGGAGUAUUUCUGAAUGGGAGGCCGCUUCCAGCUUCCAAAAGGAGAAAAAUGAUCGAAUUGGCUUUGGAGGGUGUGCGCCCCUGCGAGAUCUCCAGAAUUUUACGGGUGUCGAAUGGUUGCGUGAGCAAGAUUCUAAGCAGGUACCACCAAACAGGCCUCCUGGGUCCGAAAACUAUCGGAGGGAGUCGACCUCGCCUCCUCACUCCGGAUGUCACAUCUAAAAUCAUCCAGUGCAAGAGAGAACACCCCACCAUCUUCGCGUGGGAAAUCCGAAAAAGGCUCGCCACAGGAAGAUUCUGUAAACCUGCCAAAGUUCCAAGCGUGUCAUCUAUAAACCGAAUUUUGAGGAAGAUUCAACUGGAGCCACUGAAUUCUUAUGAGCCGAGUCAAGAGCGUGCCGCAGAGACGCAAGGAGAGUUUACAGACAGCGAGGUGAUGGAGACGGUGAAUGGCCAGCGGUCCGGUGGUGUUCAGCAUCGCAACCGGACCACAUUCACCCCAGAGCAAAGCAGAGUGUUGGAGCAAGAGUUCAGUAAGAGUCAAUAUGCAGAUAUGUUUACCAGAGAAAAGUUGUCGCUGGAUAUUAAACUUCCAGAAGACACCAUCAAGGUGUGGUUCUCAAACAGAAGGGCCAAAUGGAGGAGGGAAGCCAAACCAAAAGACAGCCUCCGACAUGAACAGAGAAAUCGUUUACACAAUGAUCUAUCUCACGUGUUUCCUUGGAUGGGACCUGGGAUGGAAAAACAACCAGAAACUAAUUUGCCGACUCAAAAGGCUCUUUCAAGGGACAGAGAGGUGUGUUGUGGGUCGUCGUCGCAGUCCUGGAGCUGUCAGAGCCUCAGCACAACUCCAGACAGAGGUGUGGGAGGAGUCAGCGUAUCCCAUCACGUAUGCAGCGCCGCAUUCCCAUUGGCUCAUCACACCAACGAAAGGACUCUAUUGGCUUACCCUGCAGAGAAAUUUGCUUUCCCAUUGGCUCAUCCUUACCCAGAUGCUAGGACAGCGGUCACGUUGGCUCACCAGGCGGAGAGAUCGACCCACCCACUAACAGCACAUCCCUGGGAUGAGUUGACAUGUUUUCCUUUGAUGCGUCAUCAGACAGAUGAGAGCUUUCUAUUGGCUAAUCACAGGGAUAGAACAUUGGGCUCACCAUUGAUUGGACAAACUGUGUCAUCCUUUUUUUUGCAACAGUAAACACAGGAUUAUUGGAUUCAUAUUUGUUAAAACAACUAUCUGACAGUGAGAUUAUAAAAUCAGUUUUGGGUCCAAGAGGACUGCAAACGAAACACUUGGACUUCAUCGCUACUUUGUCAAUUAUAAACUGAAUUCUGUAUAGAUGGAAGAACAAUUACUACAUAGAUUUGACCACACAGUGUCCUAAUAUAUCUUAUGUUCCAUGGAGCAAUUCUUGCAUAGACGAUGGUCUUGUUUGUAUGUCUUUGAUUGUAAGAACGUUCGUUUCAAGACCAAUGCAGGUCGAGCAAAAACUGUAAGGAGAAACUUCAGGCAGUAGGGGGCGGUA